UUAAAAUGCCACUGCUUGGGAUUGCUGAGGGCUCCUGCGUCCAUAAUAAAUUAACCACAUCAACAACCGCAAUAAAAUAAUAAUAAUAAUAAUAAAUAAAAACCAACAGACAAUCGAAAAACGAAAACAACCGAAGCGAAUCUCAGAAGUAGUAGAAGAAGAAGAAAGUGAGGAGCUGAGAAAGCAUGAGCAGCCCCGGGAAGCUCAAAUCCUCAAGCUCCGAAUUGGACCUGGAUCGCCCCAACAUCGAAGAUUAUCUCCCUUCCGGAGCCUCCAUCCAACAAGAACCGCACGGCAAGCUUCGCCUGCGUGAUUUGCUCGACAUAUCGCCUACCCUUACCGAGGCUGCUGGAGCCAUUAUCGAUGACUCAUUCACAAGGUGCUUUAAGUCGAAUCCUCCAGAGCCAUGGAACUGGAAUGUGUAUUUGUUCCCUUUGUGGUGUUUUGGAGUGGUGGUUCGCUAUUUCAUUCUAUUUCCUGCGAGGGUUCUAGUAUUGACUAUCGGAUGGAUAAUUUUCCUUUCAUCCUUCAUUCCAGUUAGAGGUGCAGAUUCUUAUCUAUUACUUCUUUCCUUUAACUGAUUUCUUCCCAAAUUAUGUGAUUCCAGGUGUUUGGUGGAGUUGAUUUGUAGCUUCUUUGUUGCCUCUUGGACUGGGGUUGUAAAGUACCAUGGGCCACGGCCUAGCAUGAGGCCUAAGCAGGUUUUUGUGGCCAAUCACACUUCCAUGAUUGAUUUCAUCAUCUUAGAGCAAAUGACAGCAUUUGCUGUAAUUAUGCAAAAGCAUCCUGGAUGGGUUGGAUUGUUGCAAAGCACUAUUUUGGAGAGUGUAGGAUGCAUUUGGUUCAAUCGUUCAGAGGCAAAGGAUCGGGAAAUUGUUACAAAGAAAUUAAGGGAUCAUGUGCUGGGGGUUGACAAUAACCCUCUCCUUAUAUUUCCUGAAGGAACAUGUGUAAACAAUCACUACACAGUUAUGUUUAAGAAGGGUGCAUUUGAGCUUGGCUGCUCAGUUUGCCCUGUCGCAAUCAAGUACAACAAAAUUUUCGUUGAUGCUUUUUGGAACAGCAAAAAGCAGUCCUUCACAAUGCAUCUGCUACAGCUUAUGACGUCAUGGGCUGUUGUUUGUGAUGUGUGGUAUUUGGAGCCUCAAAAUAUUAGGCCUGGGGAGUCCCCCAUUGAAUUUGCAGAGAGGGUCAGAGAUAUAAUUUCUACGCGAGCAGGACUUAAGAAGGUCCCAUGGGAUGGUUACCUGAAAUACUCUCGCCCAAGCCCAAAGCACAGAGAGCGAAAGCAACAAAGCUUUGCUGAGUCCAUGCUCCGGCGCCUAGAGGAAAAGUGAAAUGUGUUUCUUUCGACUCUUUUAGUUAACUUUUUCUUAGCACAGCGUGCAUGUUCUACACUCAAUUUCCUCUUCAUUCGAGUAACUGGUUUAAACCUGAGAGGAAGCUGCGUUUGAUAUAAGAAGUAAAUGAAUAACUUACUAUCUUCCUAGCCAGUUGUUUUCUUGAAUCACAUGAUGUACGAAGCUUGGUUCC